CAAAAUGGCGGUGAUGGGACUACAAGACUUCAAUAGGAGUGCUCUGACAAUAGAAAACAAAAAGGCAUGGUAUACCGGUCAGAGAGCCUCAAAGAUACCCCAGGGUUUGGUAAAAAUUGUCGGUGAAGAUUGCCUCAGUUUGGAUUUAUCCUACAACGAAUUGACAUCACUCUCCGCAUUGAAAGAGUACAUUCACCUUCAGGAAUUGAUUUUGGAUAACAAUGAUCUUCGUGACCUGAAAACACUGCCACACAUGCCAACGCUAACUACCCUAAGUCUGAAUAAUAAUAAGAUAGAUGACAUUGAUAUGGCAGUAGACAGAAUAAAAGAAUGCUGUCCCAACGUGAUAUUUUUGAGCCUGCUGGGGAAUCGAGGCUACCCGGAUCAACUCACGGAUCCAAUAAGCAAUGAUGAAGCUGACUAUAAUCGCUACAGACUCUAUGUCAUUCACAUAUUACCUGGUUCACUGCGUUUUCUCGAUUCUCGACCUGUAACGAAUAUAGAAAAACGUGAUGCACAAACUCGUGGUAAAUUUCUCCGAACAGUGAGAUUUUCCACCCAAACUGCAUCGAAUAUUGAUGAAGAGUUGGGAUUUGAUGAGAUCGAUGCCAUCAUGGAUUUGAAUUGUUCUCCAUUACCAAAGACUAAUCGUAGUCCUCUUGACCAUAAAGCUGCAUUUGGUAAAUGCCGUUAUCGUUACUCGGGAAAGAAUUCCGAGGGAAACAGAUACAUCCUGAACAAUGAUCUCUAACAACUCUACUCGACUAUUUCGACUGAUCUGACAAUACUCAUCUGAAAUAUCCUUUUUCACAUAAGUUUUUGAUGAAAAAAUCGGACAGGUAUAAAAGUUGAUUUUAUUCGUACUCCAGUUACACUGGUAAAUGCACUAGAUAUUAACAAAUCCAUUCCAAUGAUUAUUCCGUACAAUCGAACUGAUUUAAUUUCCUACGGAAGAAUAUAUACGAGAAGAAUUGGUUGGUAACAAUUGAUACAAUGCUCAUACGUACAAAGUCCAUUUAUCAAAUUUGUAUGUAAAUAUCCUGAGAUAAUUGGUCCAAUUUUAGCACAAUAAUUUCCUACAAAUAUUAAAUGUAUAAUUUCUUAUCAUUAAUGGAAUUGGCAUUAAUUCGUAGGUAAUAUUUUUCAGAUUAACCCUGUCUUGCCUUGAGUACUUUCAAAAAUUUUCACUUCAAUAACUGCACACAGUUCGCAGAGAGGAAAACCUCUCGAUUUAUAAAAUUACACUACAAAUCAUGCCUUUCAAUCACAAAUUAUGGAAUUUUAAUUACCCACUUUUCUACCAUAAUCGUAGUAUCUUGGUAAUACAGUAAUAGUUUUCAAUGUGUAUAAUUUUUAUAUGUAACGCAUAUUAAGUAUAAAUAUAUUAUCUAUUUAUAAGUACACAAAUUCAUCAAAUUAGAGAUAUUAAAAUUACCCCCAAUACACGAUUUCAAUUAUCCCUAACAUGGAAUGUUGAAUAUAAUGCUGAUAAAGUGAACUAAAUCAUUCAUUUAUCCUUUGAUAUCAUACAAAAAAUGGAAGCAUGCUUUCCUUGCAAAGGGAGGAAAUCGUCCACAUUAAUAUCUCUCAACCUUGGAGCGAACUCCCGGUUGGAGGGACGGAUUUAUAAAGUACUUUUGGCCAAA